AUGGCCGGCCGGAGCAGCAGCCGUUCCAUGGUGUCCGCGCACCGGCUCUUCGCGCCGGCGCCCGCGCGCACCCUGCAGCACGCGGCCGACCCGGCCCUGGAGCUCGACGAGGCCGACAUCAUCUGGGGCGGCGCGGCGCUGGCGUCGUCCCCGCCGGCCGACGCGUACGGGCGGGCCCUGUCCGCGUCUACUCCCUCCAGGGCCUCCAAGCCGCGCGCCGCGGCGCCGCGGGAUGCCGCCGGUGGCGGUGGCGGCGUCGGGGGCCCGGCGUCGCUGCCCGUCAACAUCCCCGACUGGUCCAAGAUCCUGGGGGCGGAGUACGGCGGGGGCAGCGCCGGCGCGGGGCGGUGGCCGUCGGACGAUCGCGGGGACGCGUACCUGGACCGCGGCGACCGGCAGUGGGUGCCGCCGCACGAGCAGCUCAUGUACCGGGAGCGCGCCGCGGCGUCCUUCUCGGUGCGCGAGGGCGCCGGGCGCACGCUCAAGGGCCGCGACCUCCGCCGCGUCCGCAACGCCAUCUGGGAGAAGACCGGCUUCCAGGACUGA